CGGGCCAGCGGGAAGGGCCGGACCGAAAGUUUCGCGGAACCUGCGUGGCUUGCUCGCGCUUUCCGUAGCGGCUGGUCCAGGGCUGUGUUCCGGUUCCGGGUGGCGGCCGCGUCCUGAGCAGGGUCGCGGAGCGGGCAGGUAUGGGACACGGAGGUGACCACGGCCACGGGCACGGCCAUGACAAAGUGGAGCUGCCUGACUACAGGCAGUGGAAGGUGGAGGGGACUCCCCUCGAGGAGGUGCAGAGGAGGCUGGCAAAGAGGGGGCUGAGGGACCCCUGGGCUCGUAAUGAAGCGUGGAGGUACCAGGGUGGCUUUGCAAGACCUAUCACCGUAACAGAAAUCUUUACCAGGGGAUUCAAGUGGGGAGCUGCAGCUUUCGUCAUAGCUCUGGCCAUUGAAUAUUCACUGUUUCCUCCAAAGAAGAAUGGAGGCCACCACUGAAGAUCAAAUAUGACAACUUAAUACUUAUUAAUCAUAAGUUGAAGCAUACAUAAGCCUGCUGCUCACUCUGUACUUAUAAUAUGCAUAUUAAAGUCUAUCACAGGCAAA